AUGGACGCAGCUGCUCUAGUACUGGCGGCACUGUGGUCGGUGUCGAUUGCUGCGUGCAGAAGGCUGACAUUUAUCGGCAGCAGGACGCUUAGGAACUCGUUGGGGACGUAUAAUAAUGUAACAUGGGCCAGGGUGAUGCCUGUGCAGGCAUCCCGGCUGGAUACUCCUGAUACUGAAACACCAUGUGAUGACGACUCGUCAAAAAAUGCACCUCCUUUGGACGAUCCCGACGACCUUUCCGAACAGCUCGGCUAUCAGUACACGGAAGAGGACCUGCAGCGUGAGCGUGACGAAAUUAGGGACUUUUACGAAAUCAACACCUUCAGCAUGAAAAGGGACAAGCUUCCUCGAGCUCACCCGUUGUACAAGUUCCUACGAGAAGAGCGCAAGAAAGCGAUAAAGCUUGAGCGUAUCCACAAGUGGAGGCAGGCUGAAGGACGCCGCCAGGAGUGGCGGGAUUUCUUCAAUUCAGUCAAGUGUCAGAAUGGAACGUGUGAGAACAUUUUUACCGAGGAACAGCAGGAUGUGUGGAAACGUCUAAUGGACAAGACAAUGCAGAUCGCCGAGCCACUGCUCGAGGAGGUUGAGGCGAUUCUGUCGAACAAUAAGCUGUCCCUGGAGAAGCGCAACGAAUUGGCUGUUGAGGUGCGAAAACAGAUUAAGGAUGUUCAGGAGCAGGUGUUCAAGGAGUUUGAGCCCGAGAUGUUGGCGUGCGGCGCGCUGCAGAAAACGCAGGAGUACUUCGCCAACGUCCCGACCUACGUGAUGGACGUGUGCCAGCCUGACAUAAAUCACAACGUGUACAUAAAGCCGGAGAACUGCACACUCCCCGCUGAUAUAGUAUGGUCAAACACGGUUCUGGGCAGUGGCCGUGAGCCGAACGAGCCGUUUUGGAAGUUCCACCUGCUGCCGUCGUUAGGGCAGAAGAAAAAGAAGCGCCUAGGACGUGGCCACGGGAGCGGCCACGGAGGCAGUUCAACACGUGGUUGUAAGGGGCAGAAGCACAGAUCUGGACGUUACAUAAACCCGGUAUUCGAGGGGGGUCAGAUGCCCCUCUACCGUAGGCUGCCGAAGUUCGUUGGCCGGCCCGUGGGUCCAGGCCAUCGCCACAGUCGCAGGGAAUACCAGCUUAUCCCUAUCCACCAGCUUAACGUCGCACGGGAGGGUAUGGUUGUCGACUGGGCAACACUCGAGUGCCUGGGAGCACGGCUUGGUCGGUACAAGCGUGGCCAUCCGAUCAAGGUGAUCGGCGGCAAGAAAUACGCGGGUGUUGCGAAGCCUUUGACCGUUCGCAACCUGAUAGUCAAGGCCCAUGCAUUUACACGUUCCGCUGCUCGCGAAAUUAUGGAUCUUGGCGGCCGAUGCAUGCUGCUUCGCCCUAAGACUGUGGACAUCGUGGAGGAGGAGUAUCACCCGGACGUCCCUCGCGCUCGCCGUUAUAUUUUCAGCGGCAAGAUAUCGCGUCGUGAGCGUCGUAGGCGUGAAAUCAAGCAACGUAUAUGGGAGGAGAUGCAAAAAUCCGCCUCCAGUGGUACUGCGCCUACCGAGACAUCAGACACAACGGACCAGCCACCGUUGGCCACUCCGGAAACUAUCGCAUCGUCUACCGCUGAAAACUCAAUUUCACCAGCUGAUGGCGCUACACUACCGCCCGACGAAUCACCAUCACCUGUGUCUGACAUGCCGCCUGGUGAAGAGGCGCAUUCACCUCCAGGCGAAUCGGACCAACUACAAACUGAAUCGCCUGAAAUCGCCGAAGAACAUGAUGACAAGCAUUGCGACGCAAUAUCUCCACAAUCGCAUACGGAUGCCCCCGUAACACAAAGUAAUACGACAAUAUCAGCCCCAGCUGAAGCCGAGGAGAACCCAGGGAUUUCGCGACCUGACGAGGACCCAACCACAGCAGAUGAUGGUGGCGAACCGCCUCCCAAGCGCCGCCGUGGCCGAAAGCCAAAGUCACUGUCGGCCGAUAACCCUUAG